AUGUCUUUCACGUUUGGUUUCAGUGAAGAAGACCUCAAUGGAGAAAGCGUGGGAGUGGUGACUGCCCCCACAACAUCCUCGGCACCACCAGCACCUGCCACUGACGCGGUGUCUCCAAAAGUCGCCGACAUCAGCAACCUUUUAUUACUGCUUAUCGGCACCUCGCUCUCGUUCGAGACCGCUUGUACUCCCAACAAUAAUAUCGUGUACAAACGGGCAUUGUAUGACAUAAAACAUCAGGUAAUGACAGAAGACAACGAGGAACUAGCAUCUCUUCUUCUUGCGGACGACCUGGACUUGAAGAAAAAUUACUACGAAGGAGGGUUCAAAGUGUGGGAGUGCUCGUUCGAUAUGAUAGACGAGCUACACACAAAUUAUGCUGAUGCCAAUACGGUGGUGGAAUUGGGCAGCGGCACCUCGUUGCCCUCAUGCUAUGUGUUGUUUCACCGUCUCACGGCGACAUCGACGGCUCCCUUAAAAUUGAUUCUUUCUGAUUUCAACUACGAAGUGCUUCGUCUAGUAACGGUGCCGAACUUGUUGAUCAACUGGUACGUGGCACGGAAGCAGCCUACCGCGAGCGAAUUUCGCAUUACUGCCGAGGUGGUAGCGGAAUUCGAAACAGACUUGGCGGCAUCCCACGUCGAGCUCGUGCUAAUUUCGGGCAGCUGGGGCGAGCGGUUUCUUCAGCUCGUUCAACACACCGCCAUCGAUCUUGUGGUCACGUGCGAGACCAUCUAUUCGCUCGAGUCGUUACCGGUGUUGAGUACGAUGGUGAUAGAGUUGGUGAAAAGAACGCGAGGAGCCAAGGCGUUGGUGGGGGCCAAGAACUACUACUUUGGUGUGGGGGGUUCGGUGGCCGAGUUUGUGCGGUACGUGAAGACGCAUUCGGAUUUGGAGGUGACAGUGCGUGAGGUGAGCAGUCAAUUGAAGAGGUCGGUGGUGGAGGUCACCCAGCACUAUUAGGUCGCGGGGCGAUUCCAACACUACGCGGUGCCACCACCCUCCGCGGUGCCACCUUCCGCCGCGAGUAUAACCCACCAAUCCCACCACCACCACAUCUCUACACUCCAUAUAUAUACACCCAAUACAUAUUCGUCUGAAU